CAGUGAUGUAGAGGUUUGUGGUGGCGAGCGUUUGUCAGUGUGGCAGUGUACAUUCUAGUCCUUGUUGAGACCAUAUCAACCAUACAUCCAGACAUCAGGUAAACACGACUGGUAAAUUUAUGAUGAUUCCUAUACCAGCAGUCCAAAAAGUUCGUGCAAGUGAGAAUUUGUCUUGAAUCUUAGCGACACGUGGGAUCGCAGUGGCUCACGAUCACGAAGGCAGCUUGAUUUAGAUCCGCCUCCACAGCACAACAGGCAGACCAUGACGUCGCCCCUCUGUGUCUGCAGCUGCUCCUCCACAAAACUCGGCCAGCAUGCUUACCUGUGGCUGCACUAGGCCAGGUCUGCGCCACCAGGUCCACGCACCCCGCUCAUAAUGAAGUUCAAGGAUGAGUCAGGGUGGCUGCGGGUGGUGGUAUGUUUCGCCGUGCUCUUCGCCCACCAUGGGCUGCGGGACGCCCUCAUCACCGCCCUUCCUAACAUCGCAGCCUCCGCCUCGCCUCCCUCCAUUCCAUCCUCUCCUGCUACCACCUCCGCUCAAGGAAAUGAAACAUAUGAAAAUGCUUAUAUCGACAGAAACAUAAACUUAACAUUCAGGAAACGAAAACAAGAGGAAACUUUAUUAGAACGAAAUAUUUUGACUGUAACACGUACAUUUCCGAUAACCGACAGUGUGGUGGUGGGUGCUGAGAGGGAGUCUAGUGCUGUAGCAAUAGAGAUACAUUCCUUGCCCACCGCAGCUCCCAGUCUGACGGCAUCACGCGAAACUCUGGAAAAAACAAGUGAAGAAAGUUACCAGUCUGAAAUCAAUAGUGUGUCAAUUGGUAUUCCCUCACAUAAACAGAAGACUGACGUGACUAACAAUGAAGUAAAUUAUGUAUCGAACAAGGACAGUAAAAGUUACAUUUCUUCGCACAGACAAAAGAGUGAGACGAUUAACAGUGAAGUAGAGGAUAAUGCAUCAGAAAAGAACGGAAGGAGUGACAGUGCUGCGUAUCUUCGGCCUCCCUUGUUUACAUUUCGAGGUGGGAAGGGCACAAACUUACUGCUUGAGAAUGUAAAGAAACGAACACUUACCCGAGAAAGUAAGAGGAACCUCGAUGGAAUGAGAACCAACGUCCUAACUAAAUAUGCAGUGCUGAAAGACGAUAAAUCAAUUUACAAACGCAAGCGUGACAUUUCUAGGUCUGCGAAGUUGAGAGACAGCAAGAUUGUAGCGGUUCGAUUAGCAUCAGCUCACUCGCAGGACUGGCGGAGUGGGCGGGGCGGCGACCAGAGGCAGGAGGAGGCUGUGUUUGAAGGAGGAAAGUUUCAGUCAUACUUCUCAGAAGACUAUCAACUCAAGGAGGAGUGGUCACUGUUCCUCGAGGGGCUGGUGCUGAGUUCCGUGCACUGGGGAUGGCUCUUCGCUGCUCUGCUCGCCGACCCUCUCAUGGACAGGUUAGGCGUAGGCGUCGUGAUGGCGGUGUCCGUGGGCGUGUCUGGCCUCCUCGGUCUCCUCAUCCACGCUGCCUCGCUUGGGGGGCCCUGGGGACUCCUGGGCCUCAGGGUGGUGCAGGGAAUUGUCCAGGGCGUGAGCUACCCUGCGGUGGUGCGGGUACUGGAGGGCGUUCCUUCGGCCAUCAGACCCCUCGCGGCUCUCCUUGUCUUCCUGGGACCCUGUGUGGGGACAGGCGUGGGGGCAUAUCUAGGGUCUCUGGCGCAGUGGUACGUUGCGACCUAUGUCGUGAGCAGUGUGGCUGUUGUCCUCACGCCCCUGUGCCUGCUGCUGCCGUCGCCGCCUGACUCUGCCCCACACAAGGAGGUGCAUUGGAAAGGCGUCCUCACUUGCCGUGGUGUGUGGGCGUGCGUGGGCGUGCACGUAGCCAACACCUGGGUGCUGCACACUCUGCUGGUGGGGCUGCCUUUCUGUCUCACCUACACCCACCUGGAUCAACCCUCAGCCAGCGGUUGGGUGGUGGUGGCGGCGGCUGUGGGUGUGUGUGUUGCGGUGCGCCUCCAGCUCUUCCUCGCCGCGAAGCUCACCAUAAAGAGUUCCCCCACCGCCCUCAAUCGCCGUCGCAUCCCUGUGGUGGCCGGCACCGUGAUGGUGACGGCUGCCCUGGUAGUCAUGGCGACGGCUGGCCUGGACUCCAUGGAGGUGCUGGUGGGCGUGGGUGUGGGCCUCGCUGGCUUGGGCGUGGGCGUGACGAGAGUGGGUUACCGUCUGAAUGUGGAUGACAUUGCUCCGCUGGCUGCGUGGCGCGUCACCAAGAUACUGGACACAGCUGGGGUGGUGACAGCGGCGCUUUCCCCUUUGGUGGUGACGGCACUGGCCCAGGCCGGCAGCAGCGGGUGGCUGAGCGUGUGGCUGGUGCCCCUGGCUGCCCUGCUCCCCGCGGGGGCCGCCCACCUCUUCCUGCUCACCUCUAACCCUCAGCCCUGGGACGACACAGCCACGGGCGCGGGAGAGAACGGGGCGGCUGUAGGAGCAGGAGGCGACGUCUCGGUGAAUGGCGGGGCGACCACUCUCUCCGUGGGCAGGCAGAGCUUCAAGAGUGCUCGGUCCGCCCUCACCUUCAAGACGGCACGAUCGCGCUCGAGGACUCGCACCGUCUCCUGCCGCACCAUAGACGAUGACCUGGAGGGCGACAUGUACAGCAUAGCCAACAGUAACGUGGAUUACCGUAGCGUGGCAGACGAGGCCGACCAAGAAUGCGUCAGCGUGGCGUCCUCUAGCACCUUCAAGAGUGAUGGGGCGGAUAUGCACAGCGUGGUGGACGAGGCGGACGGCGUCGCCAGCACUAAGAAACAGCCCGGUCACCAGUUUGGCUCAAUGCUCGUCAACGGAGGUACAGCUGACCGCACCUCCGUCUGGCUGUCCUCUCACCACGACCUUGUGCUGGAGUCUGGGAGCGGCCACUCCUCCUCCAAGCGAGCUGACACCCACGCCGCCAACGCGAUAUACGGCCUCCUGUGGUAAUUCCUGUGAUAUAAGGCGUCCUGUGGUAACUCCUGCUAUAUAAGGCCUCUUGUGGUAACUCCAGCGUUUCUCCAAUUUUUAGAUAAUCCUUUUGGUUUUAUUCUUUGGGGAUUGGCACCUUCAGAAGGACCUUUUUUCCUUUUUUUGUUGUCAUAGGCCAGUGCCCCUCUUACCUCCACCGCCACGUAUUCACACACCUAUGGUUCGUGCUCUUAAACGUUCAUAGAGACAUAAGAAAACAAAGGAAGCUGCAAGAAGCCAUCAGGUCUAAACGUGGCAGUCCUUGCAUACAAUAUAUCUAUCUAUUUUCAUCUAUCAUCCUCAUCUAUAAAUUUAUCUUGUCAUAUUUCAAAGCUUCCUAAUGACUCGGUUCUAACAAUCUGAUUCCUGAGUCUAUUCCAUUCAUCUGCCAAUCUCUUUGAGAACCAACUCCUUCCUAUCUCUUUUUUUUAAGUAAUUUAUCAAGCUAGAAUUAAUUAUUUUCUUGUCCUAUCCUGAUUACUGACUCUGAGGAUUUUGCUUAUGUCACCCUGGUUAUAUCCACUACCAUUUUCUUCAAAACUGUUACCAUUAUUUAAAGACGUGAGCGUCGAUUGUUUGAAGCGGUGAGAUGAAGGAGUGAUGCAUGCUGAUUGUUUCCCUGGAUGCACGGUAGAUACAAACACACGCAUGAGUAUGUAACGAGCCAAGUGUGUGUGUGUGUGUGUGUGUGUGUGUGUGUGUGUGUGUGUGUGUGUGUGUGUGUGUGUUUUUUAUCAUGUCCUUCACUUCAUCUUGCCUCUUCUCCUUUCCUUCUUUUCUUACACACACACACACACACACACACACACACACACAAACUAGGCGUGUCACUCGACUGUACAUGUUAUAUAAUAUGUACUAUUUAAAAAUUAUGAUAUAAACCAACUCAACAACACUGGAAUUUUCCGAAUAGCUGUGAGUAUAGCAGAGAGAGUCCUGACCCAGCUAUGCAAAAUGUUGAGGUUUUGUUGUUUAGGAAAAUAGAAAAUAGUUUACCGUCACAACUGCGGCGGAAUUGUGUAGAAUUCAUGUUUAGAAUGUUUAGACUUGUUGAUAUGCUUGUGACCGUGCGGCAAACUCGAACAAAUUAUGUAUGUUAUGUGUACGUGUAUGUAGUUGUGUUACUUUUACCCAGGCUUUGGGAGGAUAAUAAAACACACAGUUACGAAACUAAAA